AUGACCUGCGUAACCACGCCCGGGAGUAACAUCUUGCCCCCAAGUGUGACACCACCGAGGAGGAGCGGAAACUGGUACUCUCCUAAUGGGACCGUUGCAUGUAGGACGAAUUCGACGCCACCCACCAAGGGAACAGAGCACACGUUUGAGUCCGCCUUGAGGUCCAAUGAGGCCUGGGCGAAUUUCAAAGAGAACCAGAACCCCGCGUUCUUUGAGAAGCUGGCCAUCAAGCAGACACCUACUAUUCUCUGGCUGGGCUGCUCCGACUCUCGCGUCCCUGAAACAACGCUCCUCGGCCUCCAGCCCGGCGACGUCUUCGUGCACCGCAACAUCGCCAACAUCAUCUCACCUACCGACAUCAACUCCAUGGCCGUCAUCGAGUACGCCGUCGUCCACCUCAAAGUCCACCACAUCGUUCUGUGCGGCCACACGUGCUGUGGAGGCGCCGGUGCUGCCUUGGGCGAUGCGCGCGUGGGAGGCGUUAUCGAUGCGUGGAUCACCCCCUUACGAUCCCUACGCAAGCAGAACGAGGCAGAGCUGACGAAGCUCGGUGACGACGGAGCAAGAGCUGUGAGGCUGGCGGAGCUGAACGUCGAGAUGGGGGUGCAUAACUUGAUGAGCAGCUGGUUUGUCGAGGAGGCGAUCAGGGACCGGGGGCUGACGGUGCAUGGCGUGCUGUACGAUGUUGCAAGCGGUAAGAUCCGGGAUCUCGAGGUCGGAAUUACGGCCAAGGAGUCUUACUUUGGUGCAGCGCCUACGGAGGAGGACCUCAAGGAUGCACUCCUUCCGAGUCGGGAGGAGGUCGAGCUUGUGAGGGGCAAGCAUGGCAUGUUGGUGUUUGAGGGUGAAGGGUCGACGAUGGCUGUUAGGUAG